UAUAGAAAGAUGAUGUUUGCGGAUCUGCUUCUGGCCACAGAAAGGCUCAAAAGCGAGAAGAGAUUCCUCAGCAACAUGAUUAUCAAGCUCGUGGGGGAGAACCAGCAGCUCUUGAAAGAAAACAAGCAUUUUAGGCAAGAGAUGAGGAGCCUGCAGUAUCCACAGCGUUACAUAAAAAGAACCUGGGAGGAGAUAGAGGUGGAAGACGGAAUCAAGAUCAAGAAGCCAAAGGCUAUAAAGCAUCAGCAGGAAGAGUGGUCUAGAUUGUGUGACUGUCAGCUGGCCAGGCAUCAAGAACACCUAGGGACGAGUAUGGCUCACCAUGGAAUGGCCAGCUGUGAUUCUUCUCUCAUCUCUAAUUCUGUCAGGCGUCACCAUCUUCUAAGCAAUGUGGAAGCCUGGCAACCCUUGGAGCACGAACUUACAAGGAAUGCAAAGAAGACACUGCAAUGUUGGGAAAAGAAGAUGGAAGAAAAAAAGGGAGAUCUUUUCAAGGAACAAGUACUUAUGGUUGAAACAAGAGCAGCUUUGAUUGAACAAGGAAAGCAUAUUGAGAGUCUUCAGAUGAAAAUAAAUUGCCUGCAGAAGGAACUCAAGGACUCUGAGCUACAGGCUACAUUACAGGCAGAGGAGCUGAGUAAAGACCAUUAUGAACCAUGUUUGUAUGAAGUAGGCAUGGAACAUUUAGAAGCACAGAUGAGUGGAGCAGGAAAAAGAAGCUGUGUUUAUAUAUGGCAAACAAGCACACAUGCUAAAAGACCUGAAGAUGACACAGAAAAGAAAGAGCCUGAAAAGAUGACACAGAAAAGCGAAAGCCCGGCUCCUGAAGUUCCUCCAUCGUCCAGAUAUAACCUAAACAAGAAAUGGCUUGAAGAAUCCAUAGAGAGACUCCAAGGGAAAGCAGAUCCCAAGACAUCCAAGAAGAAAGUGGUAAGGUGGCUUCAGGCAUCCAUGGAAUGCCUUCCAAAGGAAGCACCCAAACCAUCUAUUGAAGAAUGGCUUAAAGAAUCCCGUAAAAACGUUGAAGAGCAAUGUCCUGGAGAAGACAGACAGGAUGUGAAAGAAUGGCUUGACAUAUCCAUAAGUAACCUCCAAGAGGAAGGUCCCGAAACAUCCCACCUAGAUGUUCAAGAAUGGCAUGAAGAAUCCAUUAAGAGCCUCCAGGGCCUUCAAGAGUCUGAAGCGAAGCCUAAGUUGCUCAGGGGUAAACUAAAGAAGAAACGGCUUGAAGAAUCCACAAAGGAAGCUUCUGAAACUUGUACAGAUAAUGUAUUAGGAACGCUUCAGGAAGCUAUGGAAAACCCCAGAGAGAAGAGUCCUGAGGCACCCAAGCAAACUAUGGAGGACAUUGAAGAGCAAUGUCCUGAAGCAUUUAGAAAGGAUGUGAGCGAAAGGAUAAAAGCCACCACCUGUAACCUCCAAGAGGCAGGGCCUGAAACAGACCGCCUAUGCAUGCCGGAGUGGGCUGAAGCAUCCAGUAAAGCCAUGCAGGAAAUCCAAGGGCAAAGUCGCAAAGCAACGAAACUGAAUGCUCAGCAGGAGGCGCUUGCAGUGCCAGAAUGGCUUCAAGCAGCCAUGGAGAAACCUCCAGAAGCAUCUAGGCAGGAAGGUCCUGAAACAACCCAGCUCAUUGUUCCGGAAUGGCCUCAAGCAUCGAAAGGUCUGAAAAACGAAGAAGCAAAAGAGAAAAUGAAGCAAAAGGUCAAAGAAUCCAUGAGAAGCGUCGUACAGGAAGGCAAUGCAGCAUCUAGAGAAAAUAUGCAAAAAUGGCUUCAAGAAUCCAUUAAGGACUUCAUGGAAAGGGGUCCUGAAGGUUCCAAUGAGGGUUUGCAGGAAUGGCUUGAAUCAUCCAUGAAAAGAAUUGACGAGCUAUAUCCUGAAGAAUCAAGAGAGGAUAUGAAGGAGUGGUUUAAAGCAUCCAUAAGAAACUUGCAAGAUCUAGGGCCUGAAGCGUCCCAUCUAGAUAUACAAGAAUGGCUUGAAGCAUCCAUGAAAAACAUCCAAGAAAUUCCUGAAGCACCCAUGAAGGGUAUCCAGAAGAAAAGUCCUGAAGCAGAGACGGAAAGCAUCCGGGAGAAAGGUAAGGCAUCAAGUAAGAGGGUGCAGAAACCAUUCACAGAAAACCAACAGAAGUCCAUGCUGAAUGUGGGGAAGUGGCUUCAGUCAAACUUAAUAAGCCGCAUACAAGAAAGUUCCGAAACAUCCAUAGAGAAUGUGCAGGACUGGAUUGAAGAAUCCUUAAGAAACGUUGAAGAUGAGUUGCCUGAAGCGUCCAGAAAGGAUGUGACAGAGUGGCUUGAGGAAACCAGAAAAGGGCUCCAAGAGGGAGGUCCUGAAGCAUCCAAGCAGGACCUGAACGAAUUCCUAAAAGCAUCCAUUCUGAACCUCAAAGAGGACGUUCCUCCAGCAACUGCCAAAAGUGUGCAGCAGUGGCUUGAUGAAUCGAUAGAAAAUGUCCAAAGGGGAGCCUCCAGACUAGGGGUUCAAAAGUGGCUUGAACAAAACCUGAAAACCAUGGAAGAGGAAGGACCUGAUAUGUCCAGACAGGACCUACAGGAAUGGUUUGAAACGGCCAUAGGAAACCUGGGUGAAACAUGUCCUGAAGCAUCAAGACAUGAUGUGAAAGGAUGGCUUGAGGCAGCCAUGAUGAAUGUUCAGGAGCAAGGUCCUGAAGCAUCUAAGGUGAAUGUGUACGAAUGGCUUGCAGAAUCUGCACAGAAUUUUAAAGAGGGAACUUCUGAAGAAAGCAUAGUAAAUGUGGAAGGGUGGGCUGAAUCGGCGAUACAGAGUCUCAAAGAGGAAGCCUCCAACCUGAAUACUCAAGAAUGGCUUGCAGAAUCCCUAGCGUACCUCAAAGAAGACCCGGAAGCAUCCCGGCAAAAUAUUAAGCAAUGGCUUGAAGAAUCCAAAACACACCUCAAUGAGGUGUGUGCUGAAGAAGCUAGAGUGGAUGUGGAGAAAUGGCUCAGAGAAGUCACAGACAGUUACCAGGAGGUAGGACCCGAAGCAUUCAAAGGGAACCUGCAGGGAUUCAUAAGAUCAUCAAUGUCAAACCUCAAACAGGAAAGUAUUGCAGCAUCUAGAGCAAGCAACAGGGAUUGGACUGGCAUAACCAGAUAUACUCCAAACACCAAGAUUUCUGUACCGAAAAUAAAACGCAAUGUAUCCAGAAUGAAAAUGUAUUCGAUGCCUCUUCUGCCAACCAAAUCAGUGCUAGGUCAAAUAGUUGAGGAAAGUGAAGGAAGCAGAUCGACCUUCGACGAGGACAGAACGAGUGGGAAGGGAGGAAGGAACUUGGAGAGAGAGAAAAUCUGGGAGGGAGGAAAAAACUUGGAGAGUGAGAAAAUCUGGGACGGAGAAACAAGCUUUGAGGAAGAAGAAACAAGCUUUGAGGAGGAAGAAACAAGCUUUGAGGAUGAAUACCCAGAAGUGCCUGAAGGAAUUAUUUCGCGAGGAAAACAGUUUUUAAUGACCCUGCUAUGCAACAUCAUCUGCUGGUAUAGAGAACACCCGGGAAUAUUGUCCAAGAUCAUCCCUGGAACCAUCAUAGCAUUUAUUAUCUUUCUCUAUAUACACUUCAAAUAUUACUGUGUAAUAACCAACAUUAAACCUGUCUAAGUUUACCAGUAUAGUAAGGCUCCGGGCUGCAUUAUGAGAAUGCAGGUAGCUUUUUGUUAUUAUAUUUUAAGCUGCAAAUGCAGUAGUGGGAAAUAAACAAUAUCCCUAACCAGUUUCUCAUAGUUAGGUGGUGAUGUUGUUUCCCCAGAUUUUGUCAGAAUUCAAGACUAUUUGCCUUGGUCAGCAGCUUGGAGCAGACCUCUGCUGAAGAUGCUUCCAGAUGUUGGUGGCAUCAGUAUCAGCAAAUGGGCAACCAAGCAAGUGCACCAGAAGAUACCUGAUGAAGCUGAUUCUUCCUGUUAUGGGGUUUUCUAAAUUGCCGUAUUUUUCGCUCUAUAAGAUGCACCUAGUUUUUAGAGGAGGAAAACAAGAAAAAAUAUUCUAAAUCUCAGAAGCCAGA